AUGACGCACAAGGCACCCUAUCUCGGCCUGCGUGGCAAACGGCUGACAACGGCCUUGAUUGUCAUGGUUGUCUGCCCUGCCUACAUCUUGAUCGGGUAUAACAAUGCGGCCGCCGGGGGUCUGUUGACCCUUCCAUCCUUCGUCGAGACCUUUCCGCGAAUCGACACCGUCAAUACGGCAGGCAAGCAGCAGGCGGACAAUGCACGGAUCCAGGGAACUGUUGUGGCCUUGUACACCGUUGGUUGCAUGUUCGGCUCUCUUCUAUGCCUAAAGCUCGGCGACAAGCUCGGCCGCCUGCGCACAAUCAUGAUAGGGGCCGUCAUUGAGGUCGUUGGCGCCAUCAUCAUGUGUACGUCCUUCUCGUUGGGCCAACUCAUUGUCAGUCGUGUCGUCCUCGGCUUCGGUUUCGGCGCCAUCAGCGCCACAGUUCCUGUUUGGCAGUCAGAGUGCUCUCCCGCCGAGCACCGUGGUGCAUUGGUUGUGCUUGAAGGCAUGUUUGCGAGUUGUGGUCUAGCACUCAGUCAGUGGGUCGAGUUGGGAUUCUUCUUCACACGGGGAAGCGUGAGCUGGCGAUUUCCCUGGGCGUUUCCUAUUGUGCUUGCCCUCUGGAUUUUGGCAGCUUGUAUAUUCCUACCCGACUCACCGCGGUGGUUGGUCAAGAAGGGACGCAUCGCUGAAGCGACAACCAUCCUCGCCAUCCUCGAAGACCUGCCGGAAGACUCACCUGAUGUCCAGACCUCGAUCCACGAGAUGCAGAAAUCACUCGCGGAAAUGGAUCAAGGCAGCCUUCUAGGCCUUUUUCACAACAGCGGUGACCGACUGCUCAAUCGAACCUUCUUGGCCUGUUUCAGCACCUUUUCGCAGCAGAUGAACGGCGCGGGCGUCAUUGGGUUCUACACGACCACCAUCUUUGAACAGUAUGUCGGGCUUUCAGCCCUGACCUCCCGCAUCCUGUCAGGCUCGGUGUACACUUGGCAAAUCGCCUGUUCUUUCCUGACCAUUUACACAGUCGACCGCUUUGGGCGCCGUCCACUCAUGCUUCUGGGCGCCGUCGGUAUGGGCGCUGUGUUUAUCAUUCUUGCUGGAACUGUCGGACACGCUGCAGACUCGCGCGCAUGCUCCAUCAUCUCAGCGCUGUGUGUCUUUCUGUACGGCUUCUUCUUCACCGUGGGUGCCCUGGGGGUCAACUAUCUCUACGGCACCGAAGUCGCUCCCUUGGCAUACCGCGUGCCCAUCUACAGCCUGACGUCUACGACGCUAUGGAGCAUCAAUUUUCUCGUUGUGGAGAUUACACCCAUUGGGUUUACCAAUUUGGGCAACAAGUUUUUCAUCAUCUUUGCAGUCACCAAUCUGUGUAUCAUCCUGCCUGUGGUAUAUUUUUUCUUCCCCGAGACUCGUCGACACUCGCUCGAAGCCAUCGACGCCGUGUUCAAGGGAGCCAACAGCCCCUUUGACGUCGUCCGCCGGGCCAAGAAGAUCCCCUCCGACGUCGUGAGACGGGUCGAUGCAAUCCACAUGGUUGAAGCUGGAAUGCCGGAUGAGGGCAGCGCGUCGCCCGAGAUGCAGGAGUCGCAGAGCGAGAAGGCCGUGUACCAGAUGGUGGAGAAGACGACGUGA